AGUGUACGUUCAGUUUCAAAUUGAUCUUUGUUGCGCUAACCUAAAAAUGUAUGUUUAUGAAGAAGAAAUGUCAAAUAUACAGAAAAGAUGACUUAAAAAGUUCUUUUUGGUGUUGUGUGAUUUUUUGUGCCAUUUUUCUGAGAAACAUGAUAGACUUUUAAGUGCAUGUGUGCUAAAAUGACGAUUCCCACCAGGAUAACAAUAUCGAAAGUUUAUAGUAAUUCAAAUUCUCAUAAGCAAUGCAAAAAUUACUUUUUUUUUCUAUUGUUUGUUAUAUUAAUAGUGUGCGUAUUUAUAGCGAUAUCGCUUCCAUUGAGUUUAAGCGGUGACGGAUCGAAUAGAUACGAAAAAAUUAUACUGACAAAUGUUUAUAAUUUGCCCGAAAUUCGAAUAACGAAGGGCGUAACAGCCACACAAACUAGAAAUGCGUUAUGUACACAUUGGGAUUGCUUCAAUAUCUACAAGUGUGGUCACACAGGGCAUGAUCGAAUAUCUGUGUAUGUGUAUCCACUGAUGAAGUUUGUGGAUGACAAUGGGGUACCAGCAACAGAACACAUGUCUAAAGAGUACCAUGCUUUGCUGCAAGCUGUGAUAAAUUCGAAAUAUUACACUGCAAAUCCUCAGGAAGCAUGCAUUUUCAUUCCAUCAAUAGAUACACUCAAUCAGGACCGGCUUCGGCUGAAUUUAACAUCAAAGGCACUUACUUCCUUAUCACAUUGGAAUGGUGGGGAAAACCAUUUAAUAUUCAAUAUGAUAUCAGGAACCAGCCCCGAUUUCUCCCCAGUUAUUGAGUUGGAUAUUGGCAAAGCUCUUUUAGCCGGUGCCGGUUUCGACACGUACACGUUUCGAGAGGGCUUUGAUAUUUCCAUACCUCUUUACAGUCCUGUAGCUAAGUAUGGUGAAGUGGAAAACUCUAAUAACAAGAGGACAUGGCUGAUAACAUCAUCCCAGAUAAACAUCAGUCCCCAUUAUAUCGACGAAUUGCAGAGACUGACCUACUUGCACCAUGACACAAUCUUAAUUCUCGACUCGUGCCAUAACCAGAACUAUUCGCAGCGCUGCGACAUCGUCUCCGAUCAAAAAUACUCCUACCCUCAAGUACUUGGAGACAGCGUUUUUUGUCUUGUCUUCAGGGGCGAACGCCUAAGCCAGUUCGUUUUGGUGGAAGCGUUGGCGGCCAACUGCAUCCCUAUAUUUGUGAUUGAUGGGGCGGUAUUGCCAUUUAAAAAUGUGAUAGACUGGAAACAUUCGGCCAUAUUCAUCAUGGAGGAUUAUUUAAGUAGCGUAGUGGACGUUGUCAGUCGCAUGUCGAGCAAACGUAUCGCCGAGUUGCAGAAUAGCGUCAGAUUUAUUUAUAAGAAGUAUUUCUCCAGCAUGGAGAAAAUAGUCAUUACUACAUUAGAUAUUAUUCAGGAUCGAAUUUAUCCACAUUGGAGCAAAGUUUAUGAUCAAUCUAAUUUAGUAAGAGAGGAUAACUCAAAUCCGUUGUUCUUUCCAAUUACUGCACCGAAAUCGCAUGGUUUCACUGCAAUAAUAUUAACUUAUGAUAGGGUUGAAAGUCUUUUUAUCUUAAUUGAGAGAUUAUCAAAAGUUCCUAGUCUAAUGAAAGUCAUUGUGGUGUGGAAUAAUCAAAAGAAAAGUCCACCGCCUCUUUCAGAUUUUCCUACAAUUUUAAAGCCAAUUAAAGUAAUAAAAACGAAAGCGAAUAAAUUGUCCAAUAGGUUCUAUCCGUUUAAGGAGAUUGAAACUGAAGCAGUGUUACAUAUUGAUGAUGAUAUUGUUAUGUUAACAUCAGAUGAAGUUGAAUUUGCUUACGAAGUUUGGAGGGAAUUUCCAGAUAGAAUAGUAGGAUUUCCGUCCCGUUGGCAUAGAUGGGACAACGUGACGGGUAGCUGGAAGUACGAAUCAGAGUGGACCAACGAGGUUUCUAUGGUUUUGACAGGGGCUGCCUUUUUGCACAAAUAUUGGAGCUACUUGUACACUAAGGAGAUGCCUACUGAUAUAAAAGACUGGGUGGAUGACCACAUGAACUGUGAAGACAUCGCCAUGAAUUUUUUAGUCGCCAACGUUACCAACAAACCACCUAUUAAGGUGACUCCGAGAAAAAAGUUUAAAUGUCCUGAAUGUGUGAAUAACGAAAUGCUGUCGGCGGAUUUGGGUCAUAUGGUGGAGCGGUCGCAGUGCAUAAACAAAUUUGCGAAAGAUUUUGGUAGGAUGCCUCUAAAAUCAGUAGAAUUUCGCGCCGAUCCGGUUCUGUUUAAAGAUCCAUUCCCCGAGAAAUUGAAACGCUUUAACGAUAUUGGCAGUCUAUGAAUUUAGUGUUAAUUAAAUAUUAUAUUUUAUUUGUAUAUAGUUGUACAUAUGCAUAUUAUUUUAUUGUUGUACUGAUUUUUAUUACCAGGGUUAACUAUUAAUUUUAUAUAUAAUUUUAGAAGUUUUGAUAUUUUUGUAUAUGUUAUAAAUGAAGACAAAUAUGUAUUUUAUUUUGACUAUUUAUUUUUUUAUUUAAGGUAUAAAUUAAAUAAAUUGA